ACUAAAGACAGGCUAGAGACGAAGGAAACAGGCUCGGAAUGGCGGAGACUAAAUUAUUUUUAUUUUUUUGCAAAAGCCGGAGGAAAUCACAGUAAAAACUGUGGCUUAAUCGCGUUAUCGCAUGAACGCUGGUGGUUUGUCUAAAUUGAACAGGAUACCCAUUUGUUACGAGGUACUGGUGCGGCGGAAAGGACAGUCCAUGCUAGUUUUGUCUGUAAAUUGGAGCCUAGCUACCGUUAGUUAGCAGUGGUGUUUUCCGUUUAGAAGCACGGUGACUUUUGCUUACUAUUUAUGCUGCGUUAGACACAAACAAAACGACUGGAUUGCUUUAAAAGGUUUUGGUGAGGGUAAAAUACAGUACAGCUAUGACUUGACUGCUUGCUUCCUCUUCACCGAACUUGGUAGCUGGUAGUAGCGUGAGCUUACUUGGUUCAAGUUCUUCUCAUCAUGGCAACUCUUUUAAUGUGGUGUUUAGGGGCCGAGCCUGUCUCAAAAUUUACAGAUUUUCUCAUUCCGAAGCAAAGAAACAAGAGUGAACCAAUGUCAGUCCACACAUGCUAGUAUUUUUGUUUUGUUUGGCUUAAACUCGGGUCGCAUAUGGCUGUGUUUUUUUAAGGUGAUGCUCAUAUGAAAACACUGCACUUCCAGUUGUUGUUUUUAUAUAGUAACUUAUGGUGAAUGUAUUUUUAAAACCUAUAUUAAUGUAUAUAUUUAUGUCAUUGUAUUAAAUGUCUGUGAUAAGACCAAGGUCUUCAUCUUCAUCGCGGUCUCUUUGUCAUUGACGUGAAGGACCUUUAACUUUCAGCUCCGCUUUUGCUGUAUUUUCAUUUCUCAUAUGGACUGUAGGGGGCAGCAAACCCAUCACAUACACUUUCCCCAGUUUCUUAGAUUGAUUCAAUUUACCGUUCAAUUUAAUCAAAUUUGUUUGUUAUACUUUAUUUAUUAAUAUGAUUUUCAGUUACAUAUUUUUUAUUUUUCAUACUGGUUGUUUAUGACUGUAAACAUCCCCGACUGGAAGCUGUGUUAAGUAUAAAAAAAAGAAGCUUUCAGUUGGAUGUUUGCUGCCAUCGUCCAGUUCUUUCCUCCUCGAUCUGGGAUCAGUAUGCAUCACUGACAUGCCUGUCAUUACUGUGUGCUAAAUGUAUCGCAACAAAUUAAUUAUAGCCUUACUUAAUAACAUUAAAGUAUAUAUGAAAUGCUGAUUUGAGAGUUGACCGGUAUGUGUCACCUCUAAACUUGUCUUUAUAGUAAACUUGGUUAUAUUCCAUUGUAGUCGUUGUAAACAUCCUACACUCAGCUGUAAUUUGCAAACAAGGCUGGGGGAAGGGUGUUUGCUGUGACUGCCUGGAGAAGCUCUCUGGUGUAGGAAGAAAUGAAUGGUUGUGGAUAAAGUAAAUACACUUGUUCAUCUGCUUCAAUAUGAAUUAUAUAUUUUCCCCAAAUAAACUUAUUAUACUUUUAAUACUAAUUAGAGUAAUGUGUAUUUUUAUCAUUAUUGUUAUUAUUAUUAUUAUUAUUAUUAUUAUUAUUGGUGGUGGUGUUGUAGAAUUAGUAUUAGCCUAAUUGAUGUUCAUAAUUAGAGGUUGGUGUGUUUUUAUACUGAUACACAAUGCCAGAGUGUUGCCGUGUUCACAGUAUUUGCUUAUAACUCGGUUCGCGUUUUCGUUGCAGUUUAACAACCAUUUUCACUCUGCUGGAAAAUGCCUGAAUGUCAUAUUACUGUUUUGAAUAACACGGCAAGUUGCCUCUACGCAAUGAUUUCAAAUGAACUCCAAGCAGCAGAUGGCGCACGUUUGUACACAGACAUGUUCGCUUGAAGACUGAGAUCCAUCCGCCAUAUUUGUUAUCGCAGAUUCGUCAGAAACCUCUGCAGAAGUAGUUUAAGUAUAAUGAAUGCGUUUAAAUCGAACUCUAGAGAUAAAAACAAAGAUCAAAACCAUUUUCUGUGCGUUUUUACCCAUUGUUAAUUUGAAAAAAAUGGACCCGGUGCAUGCAGGUAAGCAAAAAGAGGAUUGAACGGUUUUCAGCGCUCAGAGGAAACGGCUAGUGCCGAUGAUUCGAUAAGGAAUCUCUUAAGUUAGAGGGUGCUUCAGUCUUCAUGUGCAAAAUAUGCAACUUGUUCUCCCCCAAUAAAUCAAUGCUUCUGUCUCAUGUUACUGAGACUCACACCAGUGAAGGUGGCGAUCCUGACACUUUUAUUAUAGCACUCAAGCCUUUAACAACUGAGCAACCACACAGUUCAGAUGUUGUUGUGAAAAGAAAACGUGGACGACCAAAAGGCUCCACUAAGAAAGUCCAGCCAGAAGAGGUUACCUUAAACAAAUCAUCUAAUCAGCAGGAGAAAGAGUCCACUAAUAUCCAAUCAGGGACUGUUGCCGAAGAGCAAAGUGAGGUUGGCAGUGUUCUGGAGUGCAAGAAAUGUAAUCGCAAGUUCAGCAACAAGCGGCAAAUUUCCAAACAUAUUUGCUUUGUAGGACUGAAAGAGGCUGCUGAUGAGGAAGAGAACAAUGGUUAUAAUACUGAUGGAAACAAAAUGACUGAUGGAGAGGAAGACAACGAGCGGACACCAAAGAAAGCUCGAGCAAUGCGCACAGAGAAGGUCUCCAGUGCAAAGGACCCAGAGUCAGCAAGUGGCAACAAAAAUCCUAUCAUUAGUGUGGUCCUUACCAGUCUUGAGGCCAUUCCUGGUGCUUCGAAGAUAGUUCCUAUUGAAGCGGCCCCAGCUGAGCCACCCACUCAGACAGAUGCAGCUGCAGGUUCCCAGGAGGCAGCAUUGAAAAGGGGUUACCAGGAAUAUGCCAUUCAGCAAGCUGCUUUUGAAGUGCCCCUCAAAUCAAACAGGUUAGGACAAACUCAGCUGAAAAUCUUCACCUGUGAAUACUGCAAUAAAGUCUUCAAAUUCAAGCAUUCACUGCAGGCCCACUUACGAAUCCACACCAAUGAGAAACCGUUCAAGUGCACCCAGUGUGACUAUGCCAGUGCUAUAAAGGCUAAUCUCAGUGUUCAUAUGCGCAAGCACACCGGAGAGAAAUUCAGCUGUGAGCUGUGCUCAUUUAACUGCCUGAGUAAAGGACACCUCAAAGUCCACGUGGAGCGAGUGCACAAGAAAAUUAAGCAGCACUGCCAUUUCUGCAAAAAGAAAUACUCUGAUGUGAAGAACCUUCUUAAACACAUCCGUGAGAGCCACGACAUGGAAGAUAAGAAGGUAAAGGAGUCCUAUGAUGAGUACAGCCUCCAAACCAGGGAGGGCAAAAGACAGCUUCUGUACAACUGUCAAAUAUGCGACCGCAAGUUUAAAAAUGAACUUGAGCGUGAUCGUCACAUGAUGGUCCAUGGCACCAAGAGACCCUUCGGCUGUGAGUUAUGUGAUCACGGCUCAACAAAAUUUCAGGCCUUGCAGGCCCAUAUCCGAAAGCACCCCUUCAUCUAUGUAUGUGCCAUUUGCCAGCAGAAAUUCGUCAGCUCAGUGCAACUGAGGUCCCAUCUCCGAGAGCUCCACCCAGAAACGGACGAGUCCUCAUCUUUUGCAGACUCCAUCAAGUCCAGCUUUUGUCUGCUCAAGCCAGGCGAUGAUAUUCAGAAGGACAUGUUGAGUCAGGAUGAGCUUGAGAUCACAGAGGAGCUGUCUCAGCUCAAUGCCCAGGAGCUGUUAACCACAGAAAUGAGUUGCAUUAAACAAGAGAAGCCUCAAAUUCAAAGCUCUGGUAGUUUAGUUGUGGAUUCAGACCUACUUGUUCAGAACUCACAAGAGGGAAUUCCUCAUAAAGAUUGUCCAGCCAAUGAGACAGAACCAUCUGCAAUAGCACAAACACAAGAGAUGGCCUGUGAAGAUGUAAUAAAUAAGCAGAGACUCCAAGAUGAUACACUUAAAAUAGAGUGCAGUGUGGCAGAGGAUCAGAAUCCUGCUCAAGAAACUGGACCCAUGCCUUCAGAAAGUAGUUCUUUGACUGACAAAGCAAAAAUCCAGUCUAAUGAGCAUCUAAUAUCAAAGGAAACAGUAUCCAUUUCAGUUCCUCAAAUUGAGGCAGAGGCAAUUGUUCAGCAAACUGGUGAUGAGGACUUCAGUUCAGAGCAGGAGGAAAAGUCUGCUUUCAGGCAAAUUAUAGAUCAGAUGCAAAAGCGACAGCUUAACAUGGAAGUUUUUGAAAGGAUUCGGAAAUGUUAUGGAGACCUUGAAUGUGAAUACUGCGGUAAGCUGUUUUGGUAUCAGGUGCACUACAAUAUGCAUGUGCGAACACACACGAAAGAACACCUUCAUUACUGUUCUCAGUGCAGUUACUCUUCCAUCACUAAAAACUGCCUGAAGCGGCACGUCAUACAGAGACAUUCCGACAUUCUACUCAAGUGUCCCUCUGAGGGAUGCCAGUACUGCACGCCUGAUAAAUACAAGCUUCAGUCGCAUCUUAAAACUCAUUCGGACAUAGUCAAAAAAAGUUUUACAUGCCCAGUAUGUCAGGAGUCUGUUGCAGAGGACAAAGUUAGAUCUCAUAUCAAAAGUAACCAUCCAGAUGUGUCACUGAACUACAUCUCAGAGACGUUGGGAAUACGUGUACAUGUGAAGGGGGUGAUUGGAAAGCGUGCUUCCAAAUGCCCAUACUGUGACUGCUUCUUCACAAGGAAUGGGGCAGAUAUGCAGCAGCACAUAUGGGCACAUGAAGGAGUGAAACCGUACAAAUGCCUACUGUGUGAUUAUGCAACAAGAAGUAAAAGCAACCUCAAGGCUCACAUGAAUAGACACAGUACUGAGAAAACACAUCUUUGUGACCUCUGUGGGAAAAAGUUCAAGUCUAAAUGCACUCUGAAGAGCCAUAAACUUAUGCACACAGCUGAUGGAAAACAGUUCAAAUGCACCGAAUGUGACUUCACUGCUGCACAAAGACCACAUCUUCUUCGUCACAUGGAGCAGCAUGCCUCUUUCAAACCUUUCCGUUGUGCACACUGCCACUACUCGUGCAACAUUUCAGGCUCUCUGAAAAGACACUAUAACAAGAAGCAUCCCAACACACAGUACAGUAAUGCUGGAACAGGGGCAGCCACUUCAGAAACUGUGAUAGAGCUAGGUGGAGUGAAAUGUCCUGUUUGCAAUUAUGUUUAUGGCACUAAAUGGGAAAUGAACAGACACCUGAAGAGCAAACAUGGUCUCAAAGUGGUGGAGAAUGACAGUCUUGGUUUGAAUCAGUGGGAGGUAGUGGAGUCAGUGGAAGAGCCAGCCAUGGAGUACCUUCAUAUUACUGAGACUGAGGAUCCACAAGGAACGGAGGCUGCAGUAUCAGCUUUGCAGGACCUGCGCUUCAAUACACAGAAUGGUGUUGUGUCUGCCACAGCCGCAGAUAGACUAGACCCAACAUCUGUCAACAUCCUCCAGCAGAUAAUUGAACUGGGCUCAGAGAGUCAUGAUGCCACUAUGGCUUCUGUGGUUGCCAUGGCUCCUGGCACAGUUACUGUUGUGGAGCAGGUGGCGGAGGAGGAGCAGCAGACCGACCAUGCCAUGAUGAUCCAGGAUGCACUGCAGCAGGCAACUGUGGGCCUGGGAGAAGAGCAUCAUCUGGUGGUGUCUUCAGAUGACAUGGAAGGCAUCAAAACUGUCACAGUGUACACACAGGGUGAAGAUGCCUCCCAGUUCAUAGUCUACGUUCAGGAAGCGGUUCAGGAGGCUGUGCAAACUGAGGAGACCACCACAGUAUAGAGAAUAUACGAGGGAUAUGCUAUCUAGCCCAAAUGCGCUGAAGCUUUUAUCUUUUUAGUUAUAGUUACCCCAGUCAAGGCUUUUGCAGCCGUCCAUGAAUUAUGGGGACCAUAAGCACAACUGUAAAUGUUAUGAAAUAAACACGAGCAGUAAAUAGUCAUGGCUUUGUUAACUGCAAAAAUGGAUGGCUAGUGGCUUUAUGUUGCAUUUUUGGCCUUAGCCACUCCAAAACAGUUCCUGGAAAAAAGCAACUAGAUCCAGUUCAAUUCUACCUAUAUAAUUAUUGCCUGCAACCAUAAUCAUGAAUGCUUCCAAAAGAGUUACUGUGUGACUCUAACCAUUCCAACCUUUUGUAGUUUUUUUAUAUAUAUGACUCCCAUACAGUGUAUGGCUAUCCAUAAUAUUAAAGUGUGUUAUUUAAUGCA